GCCGAGCGGCGCCAUGUUCCUCGUCAACUCCUUCCUCAAGGGCGGCGGCGGCGGCGGGGGCGGCGGAGGCGGCCUUGGGAACGUGCUCGGCGGCCUGAUCAGCGGGGCCGGCGGCGGCGGCGGCGGGGGAGGCGGCGGCCUGGGCAACGUGAUCGGGGGCCUGAUCGGCGGCGGCGGAGGGGGCGGCGGUGCUGCAGCCGGAGGGGGCGGCGGCGGCGGCGGCGGAACCGCCAUGCGCUUCCUGGGCGGGGUCAUCAGCGCCAUCAGCGAGGCGGCUGCGCAGUACAACCCAGAGCCCCCGCCCCCACGCACCCAUUAUGCCAACAUUGAGGCCAAUGAGAGCGAGGAGGUCCGUCAGUUCCGGCGACUCUUUGCCCAGCUGGCUGGAGAUGACAUGGAAGUCAGUGCCACAGAACUCAUGAACAUUCUCAACAAGGUUGUGACUCGACAUCCUGAUCUGAAGACGGAUGGUUUUGGCAUUGACACGUGCCGCAGCAUGGUGGCCGUGAUGGAUAGCGACACCACAGGCAAGCUGGGCUUUGAGGAGUUCAAGUACUUGUGGAACAACAUCAAAAAAUGGCAGGCCAUAUACAAACAGUUUGAUGUGGACCAUUCAGGGACCAUCAGUGGCAGUGAACUCCCAGGGGCCUUUGAGGCAGCAGGCUUCCAUCUGAAUGAGCAUCUCUACAACAUGAUCAUCCGCCGCUACUCAGAUGAAGCAGGGAACAUGAAUUUUGACAACUUCAUCAGCUGCCUGGUCAGGCUGGACGCCAUGUUCCGUGCCUUCAAAUCUCUUGACAAAGAUGGCACUGGACAAAUCAAGGUGAACAUCCAGGAGUGGCUACAGCUGACGAUGUAUUCCUGAAUGGGAGUUCCAGUCCUGCCCCUUCACCGCCUCGCUAGAGGAGUCACCUUGGACCCUUCGGUCUCCCAGGGCUGAUCCCAUCUGCAGUCAUGUCUUCAUGGGUUCUGCCAACCCACAGGCCUUUACGUUCUCCCAGCCCUUGGCACUGGCUUCUCAGUCAACAGCCAGGGCCGAACAUGCCCCAACAUGCCCCGGCCCACGUUACCCCAGCUCUGACUCUCAGAUGUGGCCUGACCCAGGGGUCACUCCGUUCCCAGCACACCCAUCUCACGCUCUCUCCGUAACCUCUCCUGUGCACCUGUGCCAAGCCCCAUGCCUCAAGGGCCCUUCUUUUCAGUCCUGGGAGGUUCACUCCCGUCCCUACACACCCUGGCACACCCAUGUUACCACCCAGGCAGCCCCACUCCAGGCCAUAACAGGCCUGCACGCCCCAGUGCCUUUGUAUUCUGAUCCUAGCCUGCCAGAUCCAGGCAGGAAUAAAUAUACCCGGUCGCUGCUCUCUCUGACAUCUGCCUCAUGUUCUGAGUUGAGGGGCCCUGGCAGUGGGGGUGAGAGGACUUUGUCUCCGUGUCUGUCCCCAGAGCUAGAUCUGUGUGUAUGUCCUGGUCCUUUCUUGUGUCCUUUUCCUCAUGCCGGGUCGCAGCUGAAUUACAGCCUCAUUCUUGCUGAGACCCCUUGCAGGUCCUGAGGCUGGGACCCAGAAGCCUGGGCGAUCUCUGCUUUUGUUGCUAGAGCCGGGUUGGUGGGAGGUCUCAGUACCACUCCUAGCUCUGUCCCCCAGAGCCACCUUUGCCUCUCUGCUUGUUCUUGAAUGAGUCUGUCCUCAGGGCCUGAGUCUCUCUUUGUUGUGCCUCUAGCUGUGGCCAGCAUUUUCCUUCCCAUCCUCUGGCCCUGCAGUGAGAAGGGGCUACCAUCUAAAAUACAGAGCUCCCGGGCCACCCCGGUGGCGCAGCGGUUAAGCGCUGGGUUGUGAAGCUGCCCGCAGCCUCUGCAGCGCCGGUUCGAUCCCCGGCUGCCGGAGAGGGUCCCACAUGGUGUGCAGACCUCUCCUGCUUCCCACUGCUCCCCUCAGCAGUGUAUUUCAUCAGUCUGCCUGUUCUGUUCCCCACUCUGGCUCUGGUGAAUUCUCUCACCCUCCCGCGCUUCUGAGUAUACCCAGUGCUUGUAUAAAUAAAUAA